AAGAGAUGUUGUCUUUAUCCCGUGAAAAAAGAUCGCUGGUGAUGAGCGUCACCAUAGUAAAUGAAAUAAACCGUUUCGAGCCAAUGUGUUACUAACACCACCCCCUGAAUGAACAGCUGAGCUGCCCUUUCUCGUUCUUGAUUGGUGUGUAUCCGAUUGCCGCAUUAUUCCUCUUAUCAUGAAACGUAUAUUUAUUUUUGUCAUCGUCAUCGCCUUGCAUGUUAUUAAAUAUGAAAAAGCAUAGAGAUGAUUUUUGGGUUGGCGGGCUGGUAAGAAGUAUCAGUAUUACUUUAUCUUUAAAUCCCUAGAAGGAGAUAAAUACGUAAUCUUGGGCAACACAAAAAGUCUCUUGUUUUUGAUAACAUACGUCUGAUAAACGUACAUAUGCAACAAACACACCAGUCAAAGCUGAGUACACUACGUAGUAAAUUUGUUAAUGCACAAAGAUUCCCACGGGGUUUUAUAUCUGCAACCCACAAACAUCCAUUAUUUACGUCUCUUCUCUCUUUCUAUUGUAAACUAUAAAAACAUGCUAGACAUUGAUGAAAUACCGAGUCAGCAUACAGAAAGUACAGUUCCAUGUUUCAUAGCAGGACUUGUAGGAGGUCUCUCUGGAUUAGCUGUAGGACAUCCGUUCGUCAAAGUGCGUCUGCAGACACAAAAGGCGUCGUCGAAAUAUAAAGGAACGGUGGACUGCUUUAUCUCAACCAUACGGCAAGAAAAGGUUUUUGGUUUGUACAAAGGCAUGGCCUCUCCCGCGGCCGGUGUCGCAGUAGUCAAUGCCCUCGUGUUCGGGUCAUUCGACUGGCUUAUAAAGUUACAAGAAAAAUAUCGCAUUAAUAAUGCAAAAGUCACUGAUUGUGGUGAUCAAGGCGACAAAGCCUUCAGCCGCCAGCCGUCACUAUCACAAAUCAUGGCUGCAGGAAUGGGUGCGGGUGUUAUUACAAGCUUCGUCACUUGCCCAAUGGAAUUAGCCAAAGUUCAACUCCAGAAUCAAACACAUAGUACGCCAAUGAAAGGGCCUAUAGAUUGCUUGACACACCUUUACAAACGAAGGGGAAUACGAGGAUGCUUUACAGGAAUGACGCCGACGAUCGUUAGAGAGCUCAGUUUUGGGCCAUAUUUCGUCACUUACGAAUGCAUAUCCAGAAUUUCAGGCAAUCGCGCAGUUACAGGACCAAAAGUGAUAGUAGCGGGAGGUAUCGCUGGUAUCAUCGCAUGGUGCUCAACAUAUCCUGCAGAUGUUAUUAAAACACGUAUUCAAGCAAGCCCAGGCGAGUAUAAGAGUAUGAUAGAUUGCGCCCGAAGGUGCUACCAGGCUGAAGGGAUCGGUAUUAUGUUCCGAGGACUUUUCCCAACAUUACUGAGGGCCUUUCCAUCCAACGCUGCUACAUUUGUUGCCUAUACAUGGACAAUGAAAAUGCUUACAGAAGAUACUAGAAAUUUGGGCCAGCAAAAUGCCGCUGCAGUCAUUUAAUAAAGCUCACCGUCUUCACUGACCAGAAC